GCCUUGCAUGGCUGUGGCGUAAGUAUCACAAAUGCAUGGAGAUAUUUGAACUGGCGAAGCUACAGACCAAGUGAAACUCGUACAGUGCAAACGUAAAGGCAGCAUGGGAAGGCGCUGCUUUUUGGUUACCAUCACUGCUUCCCGCGAGGUUGUUUAAGAUCAUUGGUAGCGGUUUCUGUGAUUCAUAGGGUGCCUAAAUAUUUUGGAACCCUAUUCGUUUUCCAGCUGUCGUAGAUUAGUUUGAAAUGCCUUCGUCAGGACCAACGACAAAGGUUACAUGCGAGGUUGUCUUUUUUGCAAUCAUCAGUCGCCGCGCCAGUCUGAGUCUCCAGUCUGGGCGCCGAGCCGUUGCUUUGUUGCUAUCAUGUAGCAUGGGACGCAUGCAUCUUCGUUUACUACCAACACCACGGAUGCUUCAAGGUAAUUCCUUGAGAUCGAUCUUUUCAUUCUUCUUCGUGGUUCGUGUUGUGCUGGUAGGAGUACAGGUUGUGCAAGUGCAUGAUGAAGAGCAGGAUGAGGCACACGACCAUGACGACGUCGAAGACGAUCAGCGGGAGCAUGGCGAUAUGCUCCAUGCCGAUGAUGCAGACGCCGUUGCCAUCGAUGUACCUCUCUGCUCUGCCUCUGGCGUCCAUGAACAACAGCAGGGAACGCUGCGUCAACAGUGUUGCUAUUCCAAAAUAGAAUACGACUUCACUGCACUGCAUCUGUCGAUGCUGUGUGGUGGCAGAGGUGAUUUCUUGCCCCGUGUUCUUUUCUUCUUACGAUGCGUGAUACAACAUUAGUUGGCGCUUGAACGCAGUGACCAAAGACAAAGCAACUUAAAACCGAACAAGAUCUCUGGCUUCAAGCUCCUCCUCUCGCGUUGUAACCCCAGCAGGU